AUGGCACCCCGUUCCGCUGUACUGUUUGCUCUGGUUGCAGCGGGAUUCCUUUUCACGGUCGCGCUGUCAAGGCCGUCAGGCUUCGAGGCUGAGGAGGCGAAUGGCCUGCCUGGCAGCAUCUUCAAGGCUCAUCUGGUAGACAGCGUGAACAAGAACCCUCGCGCCACAUGGAAAGCGGGCUACAACGAGCGAGUGCAUCGCCUUUCUAAGCCCGCACUCAAAUCGCUGGUCGGCACUUACCGCCAUCCACCAGCCAGCGCUCUUCCCCGCAAGGAGCUGUCUCCCGCUGCGAUGAACAUCGAGCUGCCGAAGCACUUCGACGCGCGCAAGCACUGGUCGAACUGCCCGUCCAUCUCUUUCGUUCGCGACCAGGGCCACUGCGGUUCCUGCUGGGCUUUUGGUGCAGUUGAGGCGCUCAGCGACCGUUUCUGCGUGACUUUUAACGAGACUGUGCAGCUGUCCACCAACGACUUGCUCUCGUGCUGCGCCACGUGUGGCGAUGGGUGCAACGGCGGGUGGCCGUAUCUCGCGUGGGAGUUUUUCACCAAGCAGGGCGUCGUCACUGAGCAGUGUGAGCCCUACUUCGAUCAGCAGGGGUGCAAGCAUCCCGGGUGCGAGCCGCUGAUGCCCACGCCUGUAUGCAAGCUGACGUGCGAGGAUGGGGAGAACUGGCGCAGCAGCAAGCACUACGCCUCUGAGGCUUACCUGGUGGGGCGUUCUGUGGAGGCCAUGAUGACAGAGCUGCUUCUGCAUGGACCCUUUGAGGUCGACUUUGAUGUCUACGAGGAUUUCACGUAUUACAAGGGCGGAGUGUAUUCACACCUGGUGGGGGAUAUGGUGGGGGGCCAUGCAGUCAAGCUUGUGGGCUGGGGCACCACUGACGAUGGCGUUGACUACUGGAUCAUUGCCAACUCGUGGAACCGAAGCUGGGGCGAGGAUGGUUUUUUCCGCAUCCGCCGAGGUACCAACGAGUGUGGCAUCGAGGAAGAUCCAGUUGCAGGCACCCCUUCCAGGACUCCGGCUCCUUCCCCUGGGGGACUCUUGGAGGGGGUCGCCACAGAGUAG